UGCCGAUGUGGACGUGAGCCUCAAGGAGCCUUCAGGUGACGGCAUCCUGCCUGGGGCCGAGAUACGUGCACCUGACAUUGCUGUUAUCUCUAGUUCAUCCUGUGUGACGGAGGAUUCUCCUGGGAAAUCUAAGGGUUCUUUAUUCAGUAUGCCUAGAGUUUCACUUUCUAGAAGUUCAAAGCAUGAGCUUCCAAGUAAGUCUAGUACUGAAUGUUCUGAGUCAGAAUCUAUUUGUUAUUCUGUAACAGAGGAGUCUCCUGCUGUGAUUUCUGGCAGUGUCGGAGGUAAACUUGUUCCUGAUUUUAAGGGAGACAGCUCUUCUAAAAGCAGUAAAUUUAGAAUUCCUAGUUUGGGUUUCUCCAAAGUUGAUAUUAGUUCUUCUAAAUUUGAUCAAGAUUCCCCAUUAUCAAAAGGGGAUAUAACUCUUACCAAAUAUCAAAUGAAUGUAGCAGAAUCUGAAUCAAAAAUUUCACUUACAGAUUUUGAGAUUUUGAAUGGGGAGGGUUUUAGUGAGCAAGGAAUUAUGAAGCCAGGAAGAGCAAAAACACCACCUGCUGAGCUGUGUGUUGGUGACACAGAAUACACGGUUAAAAUACCUAAGUUCCGAAAACCCAAGUUUGGAUUUUCUUGGUCAAAGGGUAAACCACCAGAAAUUGAUGUGAAGGGUCAAAAAGUCCAGAGCUCUCUGCCCAUACUAGAAACUGAUGUUUGUGAUCUCAAACAAGAAAAAUGUGGAGAUGCUUCAGUACAGAAAUCUGACAAAGGUAGUAGUGAAGAAAGGGCGGAAAUGGGUGUAAAGAUGCCAAAAGUUAGAGUUUCAACUCCAGAAUUUCCCAAAUCUGAAGUUGAAGGACCCAAAAUAGAAAUGGAUAUUAGCAUGCCUGCUGGUGAAAUCAUACUUACUGCUUGUGAACAAGAUGACCUGAACCAGAAAUCAUCUGCUGAUGAUAUUCCUUCCUCAGAUACUAAGAUGACAACUGAAGCCUUACUUGAGGUGAAGAGUCCUGAGACAAGUGUUAAAAGAAUAUCAAGUGAAAUUGCCAUGGGUGGUGUAGAAAUAAAAGUUGAAGGAGCUGAAGGGAAAACAAAAAUGUCAAAAUUCCAAAUGCCAAAGUUUGGAACGACAAAUUCUAAAGGUAAAGGAUCAGAAAAGGAGGUCAGCCAAACCAAAUCAGAAGCUAAGGUUCCCCAACUAAAAGCAACGAUAGAAAUAGCUGACAUUGCCGUGGAAGCACCACAUUUGGAGGUGGAAUGUGGUGAAGGAAAAGUAUCUUCCAGCUCUAAAUUGAAAAUAACCAAAGCUGACAAGAAGGCUCCAGAAGCUGAUACUCAAUUCCCAACGGGUGAGAUUUCUAUCUCAAAAACAGACAAUGAUGUUCAAGAUUCAGAUAUGGCACUAAAAAUUAAAGAAGAAACAAAGCACAGGAAUGAAGACGGAGAAGAGAAAGAAGGACAUUUCAAAAUGCCAAAAUUCAAACUUCCAUCCUUCAGUUGGUCACCAAAGAAGGAAGCAACUGUUAAGGCAGAUUCUGGAGCAAAUUUAGAAGACAAGCAAGUUGCUGUAACGUCAGGUGGAAUAGACACAGAAGUGGAAGGAACUGUAGUUGAUGAUCAAGGACCCAGGCCUGUCCUUGAUCUGGAAAUAACUGCUGGAAAAGAUCAACCAAAAAGUCCAAUUAAAAAGCCUCAGUUUGUCAUGCCUAAAAUUUCACUUUCCAAGAUCAAGAUUCCCAAAUCUCAGGGACAUUCAUUAAAAGUUGAAGCUGGAAGUACUGUUACUAAAACAGAAAGAGAUGGAGUUGAUUCAAUACAGAUACCUGAUAUAGAAAGAAGUCAUUCCACACAGACAGAAGAAGGGGCACAAAUAAGCAUAAAAACAGCUGCAGUUAAGAUCCCCACUUUGGAGCUUUCCAGAACAGAAGCCUUCCAAGCUGAUUUGGGAGUCAGCUCAGCCAAGAUUGAUACUGCUCUGACUGUCUCAGAGGAUAGUUUUCAUCAGGUUGUCCUAAAAUCAAGUUCUGAUAAAGAUUCAAUUCAAAAAACAGGCAUUGAGUUCACUGAAGGAGAAACUUCAACUGAACUGGGGAGCACCAAAAUAGCAACAGAAGGAUCAUUAGUUAUGGAUGGAAGAAAAAUGAAAUUGGAAGGUCACGAUGUACAGAUUAAAAUGCCCAAAUUCCAGAAGCCAAAGUUUGGAAUCUCUCUGACAAAAGGGAAGGGCCCAGAGCCAGAGAUCAGCUCUCCAAAAUUAGAAGCUGAGCUACCUCAGCUAAAAACGACAGCAGAAGUUGCUGACAUUGCUGGGAGAGUGCCAGCAUCAGAAUUUACAUCUGAUAUGUCAGAUCCUGGGCUAGAGGUUUAUGGUUCAAAGGCAAAAACACCCCAAGUUCUGAUGGCUGUCAUUGAAGCUCCAAAGGUAGACAUAAGCCCCCAGUCAGAGUCUAAAGCAGUGACAGAGGGAUACACUGAGAGCCUUACGGAGAAAGAAAUCAAAACAGAAGAAGAAAUGAAAGGUGAAGAAGCUCAGACUGAAGAACAUCAGGGGUGGUUUAAAAUGCCAAAAUUCAGAAUACCUGCAUUUGGCCGCACAUCCUUAAAGGAAAAGAAAAGUGAUACUGAUGUUGAAAGAAGUCUAGAAAAACCUCAGGCAGGCAUUCCUUCUGCCAAAGUACAAACUGAAGCUGAAAUUACUAUUGAAAAAGAAGAAACUCCAAAAUUAGGAGAUUCUGUGGAGAGUUCUGUUAUUAGCUUGCCAAAGGUAGAAGGAGAUAUUUCAUUCUCUGCAGAAAGCAUAGAUAGUAGAGUAAAUAUUCCAAAGACUGAAACUUAUGCAGACAUAGUUAAGCGUGGUGCUGAAGGACAAAAAAUGCACAGUUCAGAAUUCACGGUGUCUUCAGUGGAAUUAUCUAAAGCGGAAAUAAGUGCUUCAGUAAUUGACAAAGAUAACAGUUCACCUAGUAAGUUUCCUAUGGGUACACUGACUCUUCAAGAGCAAAAAGUCAAAUCACAGGAUAUAGAUACUCCAAAAGUAGAAAGUUCCACUGAACUAAAGACUUUAAGUGCAGAAUUGAAAACAUUAUCAGGUGAAAUUACUCUGGACAGAACACAGGAAAAAACAGAUGCAAGUCUUGCAAAGGAAGAAUUAGACCUUCAAAAUCAAGGGGCAGUGAUUAAAACGGUAAAGAUAAAGACAAGUGAGAUUAAAAUUACAGGAAAAGACAGUGAAUUAAAAUGGUCUACGGGUGAGUGGGCUACUGCUAAGGGAUCAGAAGAUGCUGUUUAUGUUGCAGCUAAGAUGGAAGAUGUAAAGGUAGAUGUUCCAGAAGUGAAAACGGAUGUUGAAAUUGAGAGGGUAGAUCCUGCAAUGGAAUGUCAAGUGAAACGUGUUGAAAAGGACAUGUCUGCAAAUGUGGAAGCGCAAGUAGACGACAGAGCAGAAACAAGUAAAAUUAAAACAUACAAGUUUAAGAUUCCAAAGUUCGGAGUAUUAUAUUCAGAAGCGAAGGGUUUUGAAGAUGAUAUCAGUUUGCCAAAGUCAGGAGCUGUUUCAAUGUCUAAAACUGAAAUAGGCAGAGUGGAAAUGCAGUUACAAAAAUCAGAAGGGUCCAUUGGCCCAACAAGUCCAACUACAGAUCACAAAGAAUCAUCUGCUAGAGUAACAGUGGAAACAGUGGACAAAUCACAAGAUGGUCCAGAAGUAAAUAUAAAAAUUCCCAAACUAAAAAUACCAAGAUUCACUUUCAGAGUUCUCCCAAGUGAAGCUGAUGUUUCAUUGUCAAAAGUGGUAACAGAUCCAAAAGGAACUAGUGCUGACAUUGAAGUGGUGCACUUGCAAGCAAGCUCUGCUGUCCCCGAGGAAAUACCAGAGACUCUGGAAGGAGAUAUUCAAAGAGCAAAAAGCAAAAUUCUAACACUGAUUGAACCUGACAUUAAAACAGCACAGAUGACUGCUACCAUAGAUUCCUGCCUUUCAAAUGCAGGGCAAGACGUUCAUUGGUCAUACAUAGAAGGCCAAGAAGUGAGAGAGAAAGUAGAACCUGAACAUGUUUCUAUUGAAAGGUGUGAAAUUUACUCCACCCAGAUACUGAAGGAAUCAGAGAUUCUCUCAUCAGAAGUUAAAACUGCUACUUUGGGAUUUUCAUUGCUCAAGGCAAAGUUGCCUGAAUCACACAGCAACUUAGAAGUGCAAGUCCAGCAAAGCCCUUCAAUGGAAAAUGCAUCAGUGAACAAAUCUGAACAUUCUGAUGAAAGUUUUGCAGUAAGUGCACAGAGGACUGUCAUCGCUGAGCUUAAGCUAUCUGACAAACCACACAGUGAGACUGAAGAACCUAGCGCAAUGAUAGGUUUACCAACAUUAAAAACAAAGCCUUCCAGUAAACCUGAAGAGAGUCAUCCUGAUAAGGCACCAGAAAAAAUAACUGCAGCUCCUCCCUCUAAAGAUGAGGAUAUAGUUGAAGCACAAGAAGAUGAAGAAAAGUAUGUAACUAAUGAAAAAGAAAAGGCGGACAGCAAAAGGUCUCCUGGAAGAUUCAAAUUUUGGCUUCCAAGUAUUGGCUUUUCAUCUUCUGGUGAUGAAACAAGCUCAGAUUCAAAAACAGAAGUAAAAAAAUCAGAAGAAACAAGGCCAGAAGAUAUGAAACCUGCUGACACAUCAGUUAGUGAUUCUUCUAAGCAAACUGAAAAAACUGGAUGGUUUAGAUUUCCCAAACUAGGUUUCACAUCUCCUUCUAAAAAAGCUAAGACUGUUGACAAAGAAGAGACAGGUCAUAAAGAGAGAAGAAUAUCAGAUGAAGAUAGCCCUUCAGAUAAACCUGAUGUAUUUUUUGAUGCACAGGAAAGCUUAUCACCUAAAGAAAUAACAGAGAGUGAAGAACAAGAAAUCGACGGGACUUCAUCUAAUAUUCCAGUUUCUCAAACUAUCGUUACAUCUUUAGCAAGGACUGAACUAAUCUUGUUGGAGGAAGAAAAAGCUAGUCAACCUAAUAUCCCUGGAGAUACAACCAAAUGAAGAUUGUCUUUUGCCAACUACCCACAGAAAACAGAAUAAUCUACACAAGAGAAAAGAAAAAAAAAAAAGUUUUCCUAAUUUGCCAGUAACCAAAAAUUAAACAAAACCUACAGGUGAUAUUUACGAAAACAGUUCCUUGAAGAGAAUUUACCACAUCUAAAUCUUCCUGUACUUGAAUGUGCUAUACUGUGUAGUAAUAAAAAUAGUGAUCUUUCCAAAUCUGCUCCAAAGGCAAGAACAGGUACAGGUACAGGAGAGUUCAUAGUUCUAAUAAGGUCUGAAAAAAUACCUGAACCAUGAAAGUAAACCUUUGAAAGACUCAAUGACAGGAAAAUGUCUUGUUAUAUAUGCUUCUCAAAAACACACCAGUUAGGAUUAGAUUAUAUAUUAUUUGCAGAGCAGAGUAUAAAGUAGUACUAUGAGAAUUAUAUUUACCUGUUUAGAUUUUGAAUCUCUCUGGCUUAUUUUUGCUUUCUUACUAAAGCAUCUUUCUUUAUUUCAGCUAAAGUAAACAUAUACUUCACAAUCAUUUUAAAAAAACAAAAUAAAAACAAAAUACUAGUGUAGACAGACAGAGGCUUUACCCCUUCCUCUCUUCUCAUGUUUUUUAUUAUCGUGGUGGGUCAUAUUUAGCCUUAAAAGAUUAAUAAAUAAAUAAAUUCAAGACCAAAAAAAAAAAAAAAACCAUUUAAUUAUUUCUCAUUUUUAAGGUACCCAAAUAAUGGUGAUAACUAUUAUAAAAAUGUGGAUAAAUAAAUUUUUAUGUGUAUAUUUACUGAAUAGUUAAAUGCACAGAAUGAUCUGCCACGCUUUGGUGGAAUUGCUUCAGAUAUUUUCUGGGAAAGGAGAUGUAUAUAGUUAUUUACCUCUUUGUUUAUAUUAAUGCUUCUCUCAAGUGCACAGCCAAAACCAGAGUGCAUAUAUGAUGGCCUUCAUAUGUAUCAUUAAAACACUAUAUUCUUAAUUCACAAUAAAUUCACUACAUGAAAAAUAA